UUGCGACGUGAGAAGGUCUGCGGCGUGACAUGGGCCGUGGCGAUUUGCCGUUGUUGCUUUGGCUUGGACGUGCUGCAUAUGGAUCUGUCACGUCUGGGCCUGUUGCUCGAUGGGCUUGUCGCGGAUGGUUCUGUUGAGCCUGUCGUGAUCACGUUCUCAUCACAUGCACACACUCGAGAAUUAAUGACACCUUUUGCUUUGGCUUGGACGUGCUGCAUAUGGAUUUGUCACGUCUGGGCCUGUUGCUCGAUGGACUUGUCGCGGAUGGGUCUGUUGAGCCUGUCGCUUCCUCAAACCCUCAACUCGACAUAUAUAUGGCUGCGAUCUCGUUUCAUUGAAACCUCCUCUCGCUCUCUCUCCGGCUCCCCGAUCUUCUGCUUUCUUUCUAUUGGAGUCGAUCGAGAGCUCUAUCAAGUUUCUCCAAUCAUGUUGGUCUAUCAGGAUUUGCUCUCAGGUAAUCUUUUCCCCUCCGGUUUGCUUGCAGGUGAUGAACUUCUAUCAGACUCUUUUCCCUACAAGGAAAUUGAGAAUGGCGCCCUUUGGGAAGUUGAAGGGAAGUGGGUUGUUAAGGGAGCUGUUGAUGUAGACAUUGGCGCAAACCCUUCUGCCGAAGGUGGGGAGGAAGAUGACGGUGUUGAUGACCAAGCCGUUAAAGUUGUUGACAUUGUCGACACAUUUAGGCUCCAGGAGCAACCGCCUUUUGACAAGAAGACGUUUGUCGCAUACAUCAAGAAGUACAUCAAGUUGUUGUCUGCCAAACUAGAAGGCGAGAAGCAGGAGCAGUUCAAGAAGACCAUUGAGGGAGCCACAAAGUUUUUGCUUUCUAAGAUCAAAGACCUUCAGUUCUUUGUGGGAGAGAGCAUGGCGGAUGAUAGCACCCUGGUGUUUGCCUACUACAAGGAAGGUGCAGUUGAUCCGACUUUCUUGUACUUUUCCCAUGGUUUGAAGGAAAUCAAGUGCUAAAUGUGAAUGCUAUUAGCAUGAUUAUUUAAUAACUGGUUUGAAUUAGCCUCAUAUCCCUGUGUGUUUUUAAUCACUAUUCACUAUUGUUGUUAAGAUAAUGAAUCAGCACCUUUGUUGAAGAAUGUGCUUUUGAUAUUUUGAUGGUGGGAUCUUUAUCUUUGACUUUAUGCUCGUGAUUCCCACUGUUCUCUGCCCAAUGAUUCUAUCUCAAUAUAUAUGGCAAAAAGAUUUUGUUCUCCAUAUAUCUUUAUUUAUGGG